AUGGAAAGUACGGAGGCCUUACGCUGCGACCUGGAAGAGUUCGAAGCAUUCUUAAAGUUAGCCAAAAGGCCCUCUGUGAAGAGCUUUUUAAGCGCUCAUUGCCAACGACUGCGGGACCAGAUCGAGGAGGCAGAACGGCUAAAUAAGUGCGCAUCUCAAGUAACUCCUACGGCAGAGAACCAGCGUGUGUCUUCCUCUCCAUAUGCAUGCGUGAAGGUCUUUAAUACAAUCGAUAGGUUUGCUUGGGAUCAGACGAGAGACUUAGUUAAGGUUUAUGUACAACUGGAUGGCCUAGAGAGUCUUCCUGAGGAGGCAACGUCUGCUCACUUUGAGGAAACUAGCGCCCAGCUUGUGCGUCGCCCAGGAGAACAUUGGGACACCAUUACGAAAGCGGCACAGCUAAAUCCAGUUCCCAAGAUUGAUCCAUCCGCCGAUCCGUCACAGUCAAUCAUGAGCAUGAUGAAGAAUCUUUACAAUCAAACCGAGUCACAGGAGAGGAAGCUGCGGGGCACCGAAGCUGAAAACGGGAUAUUUUAG